GUAUCGCCUAAAACCGGAGCGUUGUACAUCUCCCCACUCAUCUCUGACCAUGGUUACGCUCAGAAAAUCAUGCAUCCUAAAAAGUUCAGCUUACCUCCAAUCGUUUUAGUGUCAAUUCUAUCAUUCUGCUUGUGCGAGGAAAGUUUGUCACCAUUAUUGGACGGUAUACAAUCUUUGGAAGUCAAAGCUAUAAGUAAGGAUAGCGAUACUGAGCUUAUCAAUAAUACAGGAGAAUCUGUAAUCGAAAAUGAAGAGAUUGAUACAACAGAACCACAAGCUGAAGGAAAUCUGUCAGAUGCCAAUAGCACAAUACCAGAAAGUGCUAGUCCAAAUGUUACGAAAGUCAACUGCCUCGUAGAUAAAAAAUAUUCAUCUGUUGAGCUAGUUAAUGCUACUAGAUUAAUGGAAUUAUUGAUCCUGGAACCAGGCCCAUCAAACAGAACAAAAAAUAGCAAAGAGGGAAGACAAGUACCAGGAACUUGUGUUCUAGUAUUAUUUUAUGCUCGAUGGUGUGUCUUUAGUAGUCUUGCUGCUCCACAUUUUAAUGUAUUACCAAAUUUCUUUUCACCUUUGAAGACAGUGGCUAUUGAUGCUAUAAAAUACCCAAACUUCAACGCACAGUAUGGAAUCGUUGGAGUGCCUACAUUAAUACUUGUACACAACGGAAAACCUGUUGUUAAAUUCAAUGGUACGGUAUACACAUUGGAGGCGUUUGCAAGAUUUAUUUCGUACUUUACAACGUUGGAACCUAAAGGAUCAAUGUACCUAACAUCAGCAGUUUUCAAUGGUCCGGUUCCUAGCACACCAUCUAACGAGACUGAUUAUUGUCUGGUGUUAUCCUGGGCAUUUAUAGCUGUAUGCGCACUUUAUUUUACGUCGCAGAGUCGAUGGUGGAGACAAUUCGUAGAGUUGAUACAAAAUACAUGGCGAGAAAGUAAUGCUCAACAUGAACAUACUGACUAGACUGUGAAAAUUAUAUGGGAAAUAUAAGUAAUAUCUUAUAGGGCGUAAAA